AUGAAAUCUCUGUGGCUUUUCCUUUCCCUGUUAUCGGCCCCUACCUGUGAAGUCCUCUCCCAGGUGCAGCUGGUCGAGUCCGGCCCGGGCGUCGUGAAGCCCGGACAGACCUUCACCCUGACCUGUGCUGUCUCCGGGGUCUCUAUCACUAGCAGCAGCUAUGUGUGGAACUGGGUCCGGCAGCCCCCCGGGAAAGGGCUGGAGUGGGUAGCACGUGUAUACCCACACGACGGGAGAAAGUGGUUUGCCACCUCUCUCCAAAGCUGGACCACCAUCUCUUCAGAUACAUCCAAGAACCAGUUCUCCCUGCAUCUGGCCUCCCUCGCAGCUGCAGACACCGCCACAUGUUACUGUGCCAGACACACAGGGACACAGAGCAAAGCGGGGAGGAUGAAAUCUCUGCUGCUUUUCCUGUCCCUGUUCUCUGUCCCCUCCUGUGUCCUGUCCCAGGUGCAGCUGGUCCAGACCGGCCCCAGAGCGGUGAAGCCAGGAGCGACCCUCAGUAUCACCUGUAAAGUCUCUGGAGUCUCCGUCAGUGACUACUACUGGAGCUGGAACCGGCAGCCCCCUGGGAAAGGGCUGGAGUGGAUGGGGUUUAUCCGCAGCACUGCACAGGGCGGGACCACAGAGUACAACGCGGCUCUCAAACCUCGUGUCACCAUCACCAGGGACACCUCGAAAAAUGAAGUUUAUCUCCAGCUCGGCUCGCUGACAGCUGCAGACACCGCCACCUAUUACUGUGCCAGACACACAGUGACACAGAGCAAAGCCGGGACUGGCACAAAAAAGGGAAGCGAAUUUCUAGUCAGCCGACAUGAACUUUCAGUUAGUGCUGCAGGGGAUGAGACAGACAGACAAGGCAUUACUAACAGGGGUAUCUCAGGAGCCACCCGCCUUUCUCCCCCUGCAUCGCACCGUCCCACCGAGGGAUUUUACACGCUCCGCUUCCCUGUACUUCCCCCUGAAAUGGGCACCCGGGACUCACUGAGAGCGGGGUGA